AUGGCCGGUCUAUCCUUUGACAACUACCAGAGGAACCAAUUUCUCGCUCAGCGCUCCAAAACGGUGCCCCAGGCAACAUCUACAGGUACAACAAUUGUGGGAGUCAAAUUCAAUGGUGGUGUUGUGAUUGCUGCUGAUACCAGAUCUACACAGGGCCCGAUUGUGGCAAACAAGAACUGUGCAAAACUGCAUCGCAUGGCACCAAAAAUUUGGUGUGCAGGAGCCGGUACAGCCGCAGAUACAGAGGCGGUCACAAGACUCAUCGGUUCAAAUCUAGAAUUGCAUUCACAAUACGUCAAUCGAGAGCCUAGAGUGGUGUCUGCUUUGCAAAUGCUUAAACAGCACCUAUUCAAGUAUCAGGGCCAUGUCGGAGCGUAUCUGAUCGUUGCAGGAUCCGAUCCAACUGGCGCACACUUGUUCUCCAUACAUGCACACGGUUCCACAGACGUUGGAUUCUACCAAAGUUUAGGGUCCGGUUCACUGGCUGCAAUGGCCGUCCUUGAAUCGCACUGGAAGCAGGAUCUCACAAGAGAAGAAGCUAUGCAACUGGCCUCAGACGCUAUAGAAGCUGGGAUAUGGAACGAUUUGGGUUCUGGUUCUAACGUGGAUCUCUGCGUAAUGGAAGUUGGUAAGGAUGCAGAGUAUCUCAGAAACUACAGAAAGCCUAACGAAAGAGAAGCCAAACAGAGAAGUUACAAGUUUGCUCGCGGCACAACUGCGGUUCUGAGCGAGAAAGUGCUUGACAUCUGUCAGGUGGAAGAGGAAGUGGUUGAUAUCGAGCUUGAGGCUUGA